GAGAAGAAGUGAACAAAACAAAAAAAGAUCAUCCUUAUCAUGCCCAUGUCAUAUUGUGUACUCACUUGGCAAAUGUCAUGUGUGCUAAAUACAGAACAGUUCUGUAUUUAAUUAAUCUUCUAAUUUUUCAUUCAAGAAAUGGAGAGUAAUAUAAACAACAACAACAAAAACCCAUACACACUGAUGUCUUCAGUAUUAUCUGAAAAUUCCCGAAAGUCUGGGAAAUACCUGGUAGCUUAAAGUAAAAACAAAAUAAGAAAUCGCGAGUAACUGCUAUGAGUUCGGCUGAACUUCCAACACUAAAAAUGAAAUCACGACUAAAGUGCGUUUCUAUUAAUAAUACUUCUCCAGUUAAGCAACUCCCGCACAAUUGGGGGCAGUCAUGUUCCAAAAAGUUCUAGCCAAGGAAAAGCAAAAAGAAGAAUGCCAUACCUUUGAAUGUUGGAUACCGGGGGAAUCUACUGUCCAAGCACUAUUAUACAGUAAAGUCUGCAAUCUACAACAACGCAAUGGGCACCAGCCCAGUAUUACUAGGUAACAUUACGAAGUCUUCAACCGAUGAGCUAGCUUAGCUAAAUAUGUAUUUUGGUGGGAUGGCUUACGGAAUUUCCCAGGAAACCUCGCAAAUUAAUGCCCAAAUUUGCAUGUUGAAACAUACAUGCACCGACUUUAUGUCAGUGGGCUCUUUUUAAGUUGAAAUACCGAGACGGUUUCUGGUAUAGAGUAAGGCUAACUUGUUUAGGCAGCUGAGAGGGUCGAUACGUCAUGGCCAGCAACCUCUGGACAGUGUUACCUAGCGACGGCAGUGCUAGCCAACAGAUUAGCACUGACAAGCACUGCCGUCGCUGUGCGUCCUUCAGUCAGUAGAAUGAAAGAACAACCAAAAAACACGUAUACUAUAGCGGAUUGACUUUCAUUGAUGGCAUCCAUAUCUAAAGCCCAGUUGGCUCCCUUGCCAAGGACAGAGGUCCUUGUCUAUUGGGUGCUUUCCUUGGGCUCUCAUCUCUACUCUUUCUAUCAACUUCACAGGUUCAGCAAAGAGUAUGAAGCGGGAUUAGAGAGAGAAUUCCAGUUGGAAAAGGGCCUUGUUAAGGGUUUUAAAAGGGACCCUUUAGAUUUUGAGUGGAAUUUCUGGACUGACUGGGCUAAGCACUCUUUACUGUGGACUCUGAUUGGUCAUGCUGUCUUAUCAAGAUUAACCAGCAUCUUUUACCCCAAGCUUAGAGCGCCAGCACUUGCGAUAUAUGGCUUCUUAGCAGCCAGCAGUGUUUUGGGGAUUAAAGGUGUGAGUGUGCUGCUGGUACAUCUGGGCUUGUCCUUUUCUAUGGCCCAGCUGCGAAAGCCCGCUCUGUCGUGGGCAUGUAACCUGCUGCUGCUCUACACACCUCAUAUCAACGAACUUCAAGACAUCCAGAGAGGCUGGUAUGCGAGUGAUGAGGAGCACUAUCUGCUACUCUUCAGUGUUGCUGUUUGUGGUCUGCGCUUCAUCAGCUUCAGCCUGGAGCACUGCUGGAGCCCUGAAGACCAAUGCAGUGUUGUGCAGCUUUGCUGGCUGUUUUCGUAUACCUUCUAUCAUCCUUUUUUCUAUAAUGGACCCAUUAUAACCUACAAAAACUACAUUGAGCAGAUGCAGAAGUCUGUGGAGGAAAGUAACAGGGAUGAAUCUGCCCUUAGUUACUUGGUGCUCAGAUUAGGACGGAUCAUUUUGUGGUGGUGUAUUGCAGAAUACAUGAUCCACGUCAUGUACAUGCACUCCAUCCAGUCUAAUGAGACCUACAUAGAAAUUCUUCCUCCUUGGGCCUUAGGUGGUCUUGCUCUAGCUGUCGUCCAGUUCUUCUAUGUGAAGUAUCUGGUACUGUUCGGCCUUCCAUCCAUGCUCGCUACUUUGGAUCAGCUGGUUCCUCCCAAGCUUCCCCGUUGUGUCAGCAUCAUGUACAGUUUCACAGGCAUGUGGAGGCACUUUGAUGAGGGGCUGUAUCGAUGGCUCAUCAGAUACAUCUAUGUUCCACUGGGAGGUUCACGCCAUGGUCCUCUUUGCAAAAUGUUUUCCACUGGUGUUGCGUUCGGAUUCGUCUGCCUCUGGCACGGUGGACAUGACUUCUUACAGUACUGGGCCCUGAUGAAUUGGGCUGGAGUUCUGGUGGAAAAUUCUCUGAAGUCUCUCUUUGCCUCGACCUUUAUUCACUCCAUAGUUGAGCAGAAUUUCUCUGCGGCGAUGAAAAGGCGAUGCAUCGCCCUUGUCUUCGCCUUCUCCACUGCUAUGCUCAUCCUUUCUAAUCUGGUGUUCCUUGGGGGAAUACAUGUUGGCAGAAUCUUCUGGAAGCGUGUCUUCAUUCACGGCUGGUCUACCAUGGCCCCACCAAUGCUAGCUUUCCUCUACUGCUAUGCUCAGAUUGGACUUGAGUGGACUCCUCACCCACUGUGAGUCACCUUGACUUAAGAGCAGUGACUGCGAAUCCCUGCUACUGGACAGAUACAACAACCUGCUGACUCCACUGCCUUGCUCUCACCAGCCAGAGUCUCACUGUGGUGGACCUGGCUCAUAGCCACACAACCUGUCCAAACCUGGCUGAAGUACGGCUGAGCAGCCACUUUCCAAAACCCGCAGGUCUGCACAAAAUUUGUCUGUAAGCUGAUACUUACAGAGAAAGUUUUCUGAACUUUGGGUGAAAUGUAAGUGCACCCAAACUGUAAUAAAAUGCUGAAAAUUUAGGGCAGUCUGUAAUAGCAGCCCUGAGGCAGUAAGCUAGAUAAAAUCACUGCUAUUCUAAGAAACUGUAAAAGAAAAUGUGGACUCUGAAUCUCUCACUUGGUUAUAUGACUUUGACAUGGUAUUGCUCGGAGUUGCAGGAAGCUGAAGAAAAUACCGUCUUCCUGUAGCUCUCCACAAAAAACAAUCAGAUGUAGACGGUUGACAAAAAAAAAGCAUAUCCAGCUGCAGCUUUUGAUUCAAAACACUAAUCCUGUUGAUUAUCAGUUUAUUACAUCUGGGAUGUAAUAAAUGACAAGCUGUUUUUUGGCUUAUUUGUUGUUACACACUAAAUCACCUUUCAUUUCCAAAAUGUCAACAUAACAACUAAAUUUAGACAAAAGUAAAAUCUCAUUUUGUUGCAAAACUCAUCUGCCAUCUGUCCAAAUCUGUCAAGUACUUGGUCAUCAAGGACUGUCAGAAUGUGCCUGCUCAGUCAAAGCAAUGUGAUUAACACUGAGGGUUAUGAAACAGCAGAGGAGUCCAAUCCAUUUGUGGUUUACUGUAAAGCUUUUGUUUCAAGGGGGUUUUGCAAGUCAUAGGCUGAUUACACAUGUGAGAGUGACACUGCUGAAUAAUGUGCAUUAGAGCUGAUAGAUGUUGUUGUGUGUGUUUGUGUGUGUGUGUGUGUGGGGGGGGGUAUUUAAGGCACUUUCGAAUUGUAUGUUCAAAGUUACACUGCCAGAUUAAAUGUCAAUGUAUAUUACUCAA